ACCACCGUCUCUCUCUCACUCAAUCUCCGUGUGCUUCUUUUUUUUUUUUUUUGGUUUCCUCCUCCUCCUCCGACGUUGAGAAAUCCUCGAAAUCUCCGGCGAUGGGUGGUUGCGUCUCCUCCAAUUUCUUAAAUCCGACAGAUGAAAACUUCUCUUCUCAGCUCAACGCUUCAACCUUAAGCAACCAUUUCGUUAAGCUAACUUCAACCACUUAUGGUCUUCUCAAUCUCGACUCUUCUUCUUCACCUUCUCUUCCUCCGCCUCCUUCCUCCUCCGCUACCUCCGCUAUAUCUCCGAUGACUCCGCCGGAGAGAUUUACUAUCAACGGUAAGGAGACGAUGGUCGGUAAGUCUGAGCCGACGACGACGGAGGUUAUUAACUUCUGGAAGCUAAUGUCAGGUCUCGACGGCGGCGAUACUUGCCGAUUCUCUCCUAUUUCGGCGGAAAGUAAUGUCUCCGAUGGUGGUGGAGUGAUGAUGGUGAACAAAGAGAACUCCGAUCCUAAUUUGAAGAGCGGUUACGAGGUUUUGAAACCGUUAGAUCCGAAAUUAGCGGAGGAACCCGAGAGAAUCUGUGACGGCGGGGAGGAUCGAGUUGUGAUUUACACGACGUCGUUGCGGGGAGUGCGGCGGACAUUUGAGGCGUGUAACGCCGUGAGAGCUGCGAUUGAGAGCUUUGGUGUGGUGGUAUGUGAGAGAGAUGUGUCUAUGGAUAGAGGAUUCAGAGAAGAGCUUUCGAGUCUCAUGGCUCGGGAAAGAAGAGACAACGGCUAUGGCGGUGGUGAUGAUUCGUCGACGACGGCGGUGGUGGUGUUGCCGCCGAGGGUUUUUGUGAAAGGGAAGUACAUUGGUGGAGCAGAGGAAGUGAUGAGUUUGGUGGAAGAAGGUUUGCUUGGAGAUUUGCUAAGAGGGAUUCCGAGGAAGAAAGAUCGGUGUGGCGGCGGUUGCGGUGGCUGCGGCGGGUUAGCGUUUUUGCCGUGUUCGGAGUGUAAUGGGAGCUGUAAAGUGGUGGAAGGAUGGGGAAGUGAAGCUGUAGUGGCCAAGUGUAGGAAGUGUAAUGAGAAUGGUCUUGUUCGUUGUCCCAUUUGCAGCUAAAAAGCACAAAACAAAAGUGUAAGAUAAAGUUUUUUCUAGUUUCUUUCUUUUUAGAGUUCUCUGUGUUUCAAGAUAGAAGAAGGAGGCAAAUGAUCUUGGUUAUUAUGGUAGAGAUACUUUAGUGUUUGUUCGAUGGUGGCUAGUUACAAACAUUACAUAAAUAUCCAAUACAAAAGCCUUUUGUGUUUCUCAGUU